AUGACCAGCUCAGCAAUGAUGGCAGCCGCCGAGACGUUGGCUUCCGUUGCGUCCGCCAGUCCAUCCACUCCAGCCCACGAACCUGCUUCCUCUUCCUCCUCCAAAGCACAUGGCAGAAGGUCUGGCGCAUCUGCUUCACCUUCUCAACCCAAAAAGCGCACUCGACCCGUCAGUGCCUGCGAGGCAUGUAGAGCCAAGAAGGUCCGCUGCCUUCUCUCGCCGGAUGCGCCAGUCUGCCAGAACUGUCUCGCUUCAGGCAAGCAGUGUCUCUUCCGAGUCGACGAUCUCGUACCUGCCCUGAGAGCUUCUCGAUUCGCCCACUGCGGUCCACCGAGCGCAAAUGCCAGAUCCAUCGCUUCCAAAAAGAGCCACAAAGCCGGCGCUUCACGCAAGUCUCAAGAUGGCCCUGACGAGUCAGCAAGGCCCAAACCACCAAAGCGCAAAAAGUCCGAGCAGGAGGAUAGUGAUACACCCCAGGUCAAGUCCGAGGACACCGGCGCAGCAUCUUCUUCCACGGGCAAGCAAAAGGCGAAAGCCGUCUUCCGCUCAUUUGCCAAUCCAACCAAUCUUGCAGCACCCCUGCCUGCACCCGUCACGCUAGCCCCAAUGAAGAACUCGACAUCUGCAUCCUCAGUCUCAGCUAUGUCCCCGCCGCUCAAAAGCACGCCCGCUCAGAUUUCCAGAAUGAACUCCUCUUCUUCAGCAUCCAGACGCAGAUCAGAGACUGUGUCGACGCAUGCCGAGCCUUACCAAAGAGACUCUGCUUCAGCCGGCCCUCCAGCACACGGUUUUCCAAAGCACAGGUACAGCCAUUCGUCAAUGAGCGACUUGCAAGGAGCGCCCAUGGAGGCAUUCUCUCACUCGCACUAUCUAUCUUACCAUAGAAAUUCUGUUUCGCUCGGGUCAGGCUCAGAUCCAAGCCCGACUGGAGCACCGUCCAUCUUCCUGCAACAGCAUACUCCCAGCGACAGCAGUGCCUUUCCCAACAGGUCAGGUCGAUCAGCCACCAUGUAUGCCGCGCCCAAGCCAGUCAACGUAGCUCCCAUCGAUGAGUUGCAAAAACGCCGCAAGUACUCUGCAUCUCACCCUCGUAAGUCAUCAAAUCAUCCUGUUGAUCCCAUGUCGCUCGAGUAUUACGGUCAUCCUUCCGAAUCGACUGCGCUAAACAAGUUUGACGAGCCAGGACGACCCCAAGUCGAGCAUCGCUCCUCACACAACGAGCCAAAUUCGCCUGGUCGAGGCGUGUCGGCGGAGCUUCGAGACGGCAUCGAGAGGUGGCAGCGCAGUGGCGCUACCAGACCAGACGCAGAGCACCAAGAGACUGCGGUGGAAGAAGUGCAUGUGCCUCAGUCUCGGCCCAAGAUCGUACUGCCCUUCUUCCGUUGGUUCGGUACUACUGCAAAUACACCGGGCUAUCGCAAGAUCAAAGUGGGCGUUCUGCAGGACUCUGAGGUGUCUGGCACCGACGAAUUGGCUCCGGCGCUGGAAGACAACGAAGCCUCGGAGAACAGACCUAGCUUCGGAUUCUCAAUCCGCGACGACGAUGAGACGCGCAUACCAGGCAAGCCGUUGGACGAAGCAGCUCUUUCGCCUCAUCCCGCACUAGCUUCCAGCCCGGGCGCCCGCAUUGACAACAAAGCAUCCUCAUCCGUCACUCGCGAGCUCUUCGAGAUCAAUCGACCCAGAUACCCCAGGAAGGAUAUUCUAGAGCAUCUCGUCUCGCUCUUCCUUACUCACUUCAAGCCCUCUUGGUGUCCCUGGAUGGAGGAUGAUGAGCUCAAGAACGGUGUCGAGGACGGAUCGAUGCCAGCCAUCCUUGCCAAUGCUGUGUGUGCAGUGGCUGCGCGCUUCUCGAAUCGACCUGAGCUGCGUAAAGUGGCACGAAAGUCGUCGGGCGAUCCUUUCAGCGAGAUGGCCAAGAUCCUCAUCAUUCCGUUGCUGUCCUUCCCUUCCAUCGAGGUGAUUGAAGCUUUGAUUCUGUUGAGUUAUGCUGAGUUCGCAGCAGGAAGUGACUCCGGCCUCUGGAUGUAUGUGGGUAUGGCAUUGAGGAUGGCGCAGGAUCUUGGUUUGCAGCAUGAGGUCAGCAUUCAGAGCAUUCCUAACGAGAAGCAUCAGGAGAAAGCAAGAUUGCUGUUCUGGGCUGUCAUUGGCCUGGACCGCAUCACCACUUUCGGUACUGGUCGACCCGUAUCCAUCCGAGAGAGCGAGAUCGAUAUCGAGUUGUCGAAGCUCAGCGAGGGAAGCGAUAUGAAGGAUGAGACUGUAGUCUUCGGACAUGUGGUGCGCAUUCUGAUGCUCCGAGGACGUAUGGGCGAGCUGUUGAACAGGCGCGAACGCGAAGAAUCUCCCAUCUCGGCAGAAACCACGAAAGGCGAUCUCACGCGGAUGUGGUUCGAGCUUGCGCAAAGCUAUUCGGACUUGCCAGCGAACCUUCACUUCAACGUCCAGACUUUUCAGAAGAGUGCGGUGCAUAAUCAGAGCCCUGGCUUUGUAUAUCUGCACGUGCUCUUCCACUCGACGAUUGGGUUGUUGGAUAGACCAGCUCUGAUGAAGAAGUUCACGGGUGACUCGGUGCCCUUGUUGCCCUCGUUUGCUCCAGCGGCAAGCGCGGCGGCUUCGAGGACGAUUGCGGAUAUCUUGACGCUCGGAGAUGCAUUCGACGAUCGUUGUAUCACUGCUUCGCCUUAUCUGGAUCAGCUGGUGUUGCCUGCCGGGCGAUCAUUUGUUGCGGAAAGGGAGGCAGCGAGGGAGGCAUUGAGGAACAUGGGGCAUGGGACCACGCCUGCGCCUUCGAGACCACCAUCGCGAGGUGCGGGUCCUCAACAGCAGAGCAGGACCAGUGCACUUGUUUCGACCAAGUCGUACGCAGAGAUCAACCUUGGUGCUUGUCAGAGGAUCUUGCGAAAGCUACAGCAGUACUGGGCUGGUGCUUCGUGGCCUCUGCGUGCGUUGGAGCAGGAGGCUGCGGGCAAUGGAGGCGAGAUUGACCCGCAAGCUUCGGACGAAGACGCCCAGUCUGCACCCAUCAGGGAUAUCGAAAUGGUGCUCAAGUGGGCAAAGUCACGUAUUCGAUCGAAGAAGAGGCUCGAGCGAUCGUUGCAUGCCACACCGAAAGCGGAUGCUAUGACGCUGUCAGAGUCGAUGGAAGGUAUGAAUGGUAUCUUGACAGGCAAUACCGGUUCGGAGGAGUUCGCAUCGACGCACAGUGGAGAUUCGCCCUUUGGAUUGGGUAUCUCGGCAGGCUUGACGUUCGAUAUUGAUGCACUGAUGGGGAGUUGGCAGAUGGAUCAGUUCGAUCCGAUAUCUAGUUUCCAUGCUCCUAUCUCGGUAUCUCAGUUCGAAGGCGAGGGUCACAACGGUCAGCAGCAGCAGGAGCAGCAAGAGCAAGUGACCCAACAUACCACCGGACACACACCCUAUCCUAGCGGCGCACAGGCAGGAACACCCGUGAGCAACUUUAUCAACAGCCACGUCUACGCCUCUCCUUCUUCUGCUCGUCAUUCCACCCAUCUACACCCGCACUCAUCAACUUCGAAUGCGGUGGUUAUGUCGCCCUCACGUCAAACACAUUCUCGAACGAGUUCGCUUCAUCAUAAUUCGGCAUCGGCAGCACAUGCACUUAGCGCUUACAGUCACCAUCCACCUACACCAGGACAGUUGGAUACAAGUUCCUUCACCAUCGCAGAAUUCUUCUCCCAUGAUCAAAGCGUUUGGCCACUGAGCAUACAGAAUGAGGACAUAGAUCAGGAGGCUGUCAAUCUGAUUGCGAGCGCUAUGCAGUUGCCUUCGUAUCCUCAGUAG